UUAUGUGACCUUCACCUUGAUAAAUUAACUGGUUCGAUACUAUCUAGGACGUUAACUUUAUAUUUAGAACUGUGCGACAUUAAGGUUGUAAACAAUGGUGCGAGCGUGGUACAUGGACGAGGCGGAGGAUGACCAGAGGAAACCCCACAUGACGGACCCCCCACAGUUUGUCAGCAUGGACCAGCUGAAGGAUUUGGGGGUCUUGUACUUCGAGAUAAGUUCAGAUCCUGCCAAAGCUGAGAAGGAAGUGAACAAGCUUCGAAGUGACCGUGGCUACACUUAUAAAGACAUGAUUACAUGCAGCAGGGAAAAACUCCCAAACUAUGAGGAAAAGCUGAAGAUAUUUUUUGAGGAGCACCUCCACACAGAUGAGGAAAUACGCUACAUUACAGAAGGUAGUGGCUACUUUGAUGUCAGAGAUAAAAACAACAAGUGGAUCAGAAUUGAAGUCCUCCCAAAUGAUCUGAUCAUUCUCCCAGCAGGCAUCUACCACAGGUUUACACUGGACGAACAGAACUAUAUCCAGGCUCAUCGAUUUUUUGUUGGAGAGCCAGUAUGGACACCACACAACAGGCCCGCUGAUGACAUGGAAGCUCGUAAAACGUAUCUGCAAAAAUUCAAUGUGGCCGCUUAAAAAAAGUUAUAAAUAAAAGUUCAAAGUUAUAAAAACCAUGCUUUGACAUAUUUAUUUGUUUGAACAGAAAGUGUGUUUCUUUGUAUUACUUCGGUAUGCAGUAGGAAUAUAGUUACUAAUAAGGCCAUAAUAAAUAAAUUGCUAGAUUCUCAUCCGAAUUUUUUUUAAAAAUCGAGGCGGGCGGGCGGCUUUUAUUUUAUAUUUUUGCAAUUUUGCAGAUUUUUUAUAGACCUGGUCAAUCGGUGUAAUUUUAUCUACAAUACCCAAAUAAAAGUCAUAGUAAAGGUUCAAUUAUCUCUUACUUCACAUCAUCACCAAUCUUUUUUCAACCAUUAACCCUUGUUUAAAAUAUAUAAGGCAUGUAUUACAGCAAUUACAAUCUUUUCAGCUGUCAAAAUCAUGUCGACUUUCGCGGGAUUUAAAACGAAAGUAGAAUGGUAGAUGAAUACCGAUCCCGAUCAGAAUUAAGACGAAGAAAAACAGAAAUUAAAAAAAUCGAGGUGGGGGUAUAAAAUCGGGGCGGGCGGGGAUGAGAAUCUCGGAAUAUUUUUAUUAUGGCCCAAUGUCGAAAAACUGGAUAUACCAUAACCAUACUAAUACAUGUGUAUUGCAAUGAUACUAUUAGAAUUUGAGAAAAAAAUGUGCAAUUGAGUUCAUUGCAGAUGUAUUUACCAAUUUAUUUUAUGCAUAUUUUUAAACCUUUGAUUUGCUUACCAAUUUGCUGAUAUUAGUUUUAAAAUAUUUCAUUAGUGGAAAUGAAUUGGAUAGGGCAUCAAGCUUUGAUAUUUUGUAAACAUUAAGUGCCAUAAAACUGUGCAUGGCAUGACCAUGACAUGUUUGGACAUAUGAAAUUGAUAAAUAUUUAUAAUAUGCAUAUUGUUUAUGAAAGUGCAGUCCAAAUUUGUAUAUGCAGUGCUGAUUCAGAAAUACAUUAUAUAUUAUUGUAAGUCCAAUUUCCAUAGACUUAUUUGGUGCAAUAUGUUUUAUUUGGAAUGUAAUGCAUAAAACUA